AUGUUAUUCGUUCAAUAUUUGAAAAUUGAGCACUUGGCCCUUACCUUUGCUACAAUCUGCAUAGGAUGGUUACUUUCUAACAGAUACCUUACGCCGCUGAGGAAGGUGCCAGGGCCUUUUUGGGCAUCAUGCUCCCGGAUUCCCCGUUUCUUUGCUGUGCUUGUUGGGCGGCCGCAUGAAUGGGAGUUGGGCUUGCAUCAGAAAUAUGGUCCGCUGGUGCGGGUAGGACCCGAUCUUCUGUCGGUCGGCGACUGUGCAGAGAUGGAUCAGAUUUACGGGACAUCGACCAAAUUUAGAAAGUCAUCAUUUUAUCUUCCAUUCAUGGUCUAUGAUGCGGAGGGGCUGCUGCCGGACCCUCUGGUUUUGUCAAACAAGGCUUUGCAUACACGUAUGAAGCGGAAUGCAUACAAUGCUUACUCCAUGAAUGCCAUGGUUGAGCUCGAACCGCUCGUGGACGGCGUGACAGAGCGCUUUUUCCGGCUACUCGACAAAUUCUGUGAAGCACCCCGCGAAGCCUGUGAUUUGGGCAAAUGGGUACGCUUUUAUGCUACCGAUGUCAUCUUUAUGGUUACCUUCGGCUCCGAUCUUAGUUUCAUGGAAAAUGGAGAUCCGAUUGGAAUGAUGCCAAUUCUGGAAUACGUCAUUGGAGACUACACUGGCAUUGUCGGACAAAUGCCGUGGUUGCACAAAUUCCUCCUCGGAAAUCGAUUUGUUGCAAAAUUACUACUCGGAAACAAUGGACUCGAUGGCGCAGCCUUGGAAUUAGCGCAAGCUCAGGUUGAAAAACUGCGAAAUGAUCUUAAGGAUGAAGACCCUUGCCCGCCAUUGACAUUUGUCCAUCGACUUCUGCAAAACCAGAAGGUCAAACCGAGUUCGAUUACAGACCGAGAGCUUCAUACUCAUGCGUUUGGCAACAUUACUGCGGGAGCCGAUACUACGGCCAUUGUCCUCCGUACAAUCCUUUUCAAUGUCACGAAAAAUACCAAGAUAUAUGAUUCUCUCUGUCGCGAGAUACGGGACGAAGCUAAACUGACUCUGCCAGUUUCUUUUCGCCACGCUAACAGUCUACCCUAUCUCAAUGCGGUCAUCAAAGAAGCUCUGCGCAUUCAUCCUCCAAACGGGCUUAUGUACUGCCGAACUGUCCCUGAAGACGGCGCAACAAUCUGUGGUUACUACAUCCCGGCCAACACUGAAGUCGGCAUUAGUCCUUGGGUACUGCAUUACGAUCCGAUCUUAUUCCCACAACCUGAAAAGUUCGAGCCGGGGCGCUGGUUGAGCCCAGACACCGAGCUUGUCGCUCGCCGGAAUCGAUCUCUGUUUGCUUUCAGUGCAGGGGCCCAUACAUGCAGCGGCAAAAAUUUCAGUCUGAUGGAGAUGACAAAAUUGGUCCCGUCACUAUUGUUGCGAUACGAAAUUGAGCUAGUCAAUCCUAGAUCGGCCAUGUCAUUCAAAUGUCGUUGGUUUACGCCGCAAACCGGCUUACUUGUUCGACUCAAGGAGAGGAAUGGGUAG